AUGGAAGUGGCCUCCAAGCUGCCGAUUGAACGCGCAGAGCGCAUCGCAAAGGUGUUUGAGAAGAUCGACGAGAACAGCGAUGGCAGCAUUUCCAUGGAGGAGCUCUCACGCCUGUUUUCGCAGAUGGGCCUCAAGGACCGGACCCUUCAGAACCGGGCAUUCCAGACGCUGGACAUCAACGGGGACGGUGUUUUGUCUUUCAGCGAAUUCUCGGCUGGCGUCUUGACGGUUUACACCGAUCUCCUCGAGGACCGAUUCCUCGAACUUUUCCGGCGGCACGACAUCAACGGCGAUGGAAUGCUGAGCCGUGCAGAGUUUGAAGCCUUCAUGGAGAAGGUCCUGCCUCUGGCCAACCGCAGCGUUCAGCAAAGUCCGGCAGAAACCAUCACAAAGAUCUUUGGACACGAAGAGGACCUCAUUACCUUCGAGGAGAUGAGAGCCCAACUCCUGCCGACAAGCACGAAGAAACGGCGAAGAUAG